CGGAUAACAUUUUUUGUGGCUCAAAACAUUGUGAACAUCUCUGUGUGACGAUAAGAAACAACAUUUACGACAGAUUCUGGGUUUAUUUUGCAUCACUAUGACAUUUCUACAUGUGCUGCUCCUACUAUGGGCUUUUCCUCCUUCAGAUGCUUCACACCGACUGAGAACAUUCCACUUUGAAGGAACAAGAAAUAUUCCUAUUAAAGCUCGAGCUAUCUGCACACAAAACUACACUGACCUCGUCACAGUUUAUGAUGAACAAGACAAUCUGGAGCUAACUAAAAUUAUCAAACCUCCUAGUGCCUUAAUUGGUGUCUACACAAGUAUCGGAACCAAUAAGUGGUCAAAUGGUGAUGAAGUCACAUUCAGCAAAUUAAAUGGGAACUGUGGGGAAAUCUGUUGUGCUGCAAUGAAAGCUGAUGGAGAAUGGGAAUCUGUCCAAUACAACACACCAAAAUACUUCAUGUGUUAUGAUCAAGUCACUAUCAGAGAUGAGACGGAGAAUAAUCAGGUGAAAGAAAAAGGGAAAAGCAGUAGUAAUCCUUUCUGGAUCGGCCUCCUGAGAGAUGACUUUGAAUGGGUUGAUGGAGGAAAGUCUGCUUACAGAAAAUAUCCAUUAGAUCAACCUUCAGGUACAGGAAAUGUGACAAUACUCCCAGGUGGUCAUUGGACGAAACUACCAAAUACAAAUAACUUCAACGCUCUAUGUUACAAAAGUCACAUUCAUGUCAGUAAUGAAAAGAUGUCCUGGGAGAACGCUCUGGAUUACUGCGAUAAUAAUGGGAAUACUUCUGGACUCCUGCGCAUCGAGUCUAAAGAUGAUCAGAUAGAAACGGAGCGAGAACUAAGAAGAAGGAAUAUUUCUGGUCCAGUGUGGGUGGGGCUUAGACAGAGUCGACUCUUUGGAUUCUGGAUUUGGUCCAAUGGGCUUCAUGUGGGACCCUGGACCAACUGGAAAGGAGGAAGUCAACCAGAACAUCAGAUGUCCCACCACUGUGGUGCCAUAGAGAAGAUGAACGGUGUAUUCAAAUGGACUGAUAAAGACUGCAGAUCUCAAUUUACUGUUUUAUGUGAGAGAAAGUAAUAAACAGAACCAGUUGAAAGUUUGGGCACACGUGACUUCUCACAGUAAAAUCUACAGUAAUGCUGAUUUUAAGAAUUUGUUUAGUAGACAAGUGUACAGUACAGUAGAAUCGUGCCAAUGUAUGGAUUUCUGUUUUACUGCCUAUUGGAUGCACAUACACCUUUAAAUGGAUUAAUACAAUUAUCAAUAGACAGCCAUUGUGAUGUUUUUUUGGUUGCUUCAUGAAUUUGUCAAUUAAUUAAAGUGCAAU